CUCCGUCCGACACGUGACCUGUCGUAGGGCCCGCCGCGUUUCGCGCGCACCGCCGGUACUAGGCGCGCGUGCGCGGCGCCGUUGACGCAUGCGCACUGGUGUCGAGCUGGGCAAAGCGGCGGUUCCCUGGGCGGCUGCGGGGUAGGGCGCGGGUGGCGGUGGGUCAGCGCCUCCACCUGGGACGUAUUCCCUGACUCGAGGCAACGACGCCGACUGCAUAAGGGGCUUUAUUGCAGACAGACAUGCUCAGAAACCCAGGCAAGCCAUGCACUUGGAACGCUUUCAGUCAGCUCGUGCGGCAACACAGGAGCGUCAGCCCCAUGCUGCUGCUGGCUCGGACACCCAAGGCUUUGCCCAGGCUCUGCCAGCUCGGGGUCCUAGCCCUCCCCAGGAGCCCAGAAGGCAAGGCCCUGCCUGUGAGGCGCCAGCUCUGGUCAAGGCAGGGCCAGCCCCAGGGCCCCGGGCUGCGGGCUCGGCUGCUGAUCACUGCCUUGUUUGGGGCCGGGCUGGGUGGGGCCUGGCUGGCCAUGAGGGCUGAGAAGGAGCAGGAUCGGCAGCAGCGGCGGACAGAGGCCCUGCGCCAGGCAGCUGUGGGCCAGGGCGACUUCAGCCUGCUGGACCACUGGGGCCAGCCCCGCUGCAAAGCUGACUUCCGGGGCCAGUGGGUGCUGCUGUACUUUGGCUUCACCCACUGCCCGGACAUCUGCCCCGAAGAGCUGGAGAAACUGGUGCGGGCGGUGCGGCAGCUGGAGGCCGAGCCGGGCCUGCCCCCCGUGCAGCCCGUCUUCAUCACCGUGGACCCCGAGCGGGACGACGUGGCAGCCAUGGCCCGCUACGUGCAGGACUUCCACCCGAGGCUGCUGGGCUUGACCGGCUCCACCGAGCAGGUGGCCCAAGUGAGCCGCAGCUACCGUGUGUACUACAGCGCAGGCCCCAAGGACGAGGACCAGGACUACAUCGUGGACCACUCCGUGGCCAUCUACCUGCUCAGCCCUGACGGCCUCUUCACGGACUACUACAGCCGGGCCCAGUCGGCCGAGCAGAUCGCAGCCAGCGUACGGCGCCACAUGGCCACCUUCCGCAGCGUCCUGCAAUGAGCAGGUGUCAAAGGUGCAGCUGUGUGUGUGUG